CAUAGUUUGGGUUGGCACACAACGCGGAAAGAUGCUGCAUCUGACUGGUGUAAAGAACGCUAUAUUAAAUUUGAAUGGCCUAGACACCUCACCCUAUCAAUAAGCAGAAGUUUGAGUGGCUUAGACACCUCACCAUAUUGAUAUAUAGAAGUUCACAAGACCGUGUCCCGUUAGAAUUGCCUGCAGGUGUUCUUGUAAAAUAUCGUCAAUUGAUCCAUCAACUUAAUUUGAACUUCAAGACCUACAGAAUCUUCAAAACACGAUUAGAAACCUUUCAAAAAACCCAGGAUGGAUUACAAACAUUCACAAACAAAUUAUGAGGCUUUCUACAAAAUCAGGAUAUAAAAUCUUUGACACCAAUAACAAGGGCCUUGAACCUUGUGUGAUAGCAUUGAAUUACCAGUGUUGAUGUUUCUGAUGUGGCUACUUUAAGAAGAAGAAAUUUAUAAAUAUAAAAAAAAAACUGAUAUCACCAUUUCCUGAAACUAAUUUAUUAUACUGGAGAACAGAUAGGAUUACAAUGUUUUACUGUUUGAAGCCAGGAUUACAAUGUUUUAUGGUUUGAAGUCUCAAGGCAUUUGGAAAAUAUAUAACUUGUACAUCAAAACAGAACAUAUUUAAUGAUGGUGGCGAAAUUAAGACUGAAGAAUUCUGUUAAAUGUUUUGUACCUUUUCUAGUCAUAUGUUCAUUUAUGAUCAUUUUGAUUCCUAAGCUCAAUCUGGAACACAUUCGACAUCAGUUGUACUAUCUUUACUGGCUACACGACGUCGACUUGGAACAGGAAUGGCUGCACCAGCCCACCAAGCUUUGUGAUGGAUCAUUUAUAGGAUAUGGGAAUGAGUUUGCCAUUCUCAGAGAUGUAGAAGUUUUUCCAGAUGUUAAAUUCAAACUGAAAUGUUCCUCCAAAAUGCUUCAAAAAUAUAAAUUCACCAAUGGAAUGGGUGCAAAAAACCACCUGAACAAUUGGUUUAAAGCACUCGAAGACACAUCUGCCAAUGGAAGUAAAACUGUUCAGAAAAAGAAAACUAUUUUUGUGUUGAGAUAUGAAUAUGCUAAUCUUUACCACCAGAUGACUGACUUCUACAACGCUUUUCUCUUAGCAUAUGUGUUGAAAAUUCCACCGGAUGACUUGGAUGUAGUACUAAUGGAUCGAAAUGCACCUUCAGUUCUGGACAAUGCUUGGGAUGUCCUCUUUGGAGAUGUUAAGAAAUUCAAAGAUAUGAAUGAACCAGUUCUGUACAAAGAGAUGAUAUGGGCUGUGAUAGGAUACAAUAGUCCAAUGAAUUUUCAUUCCCUUAAAUCUCUGCCCUAUGUGAAUGAAUUCUCCAAUUUCCUUAAAGCUAGAUAUAAUGCUGGGCCCAAACUAUUAGACUGUGCUGGUGUUUCUAUACUGUUUGUGUGGCGUAGAGACUAUGUUGCUCAUCCAGGAAACCCAACGGGAUCAAUCUCACGUAAAAUAAAAAACGAGAAGGAGCUGAUUGAGGCUGUACAGGAAGUGUUCCCUGGCCACAGUGUCGCCGGGAUACAGCUGGACGAACAUGAAAUAAACGACCAGGUGAAAUGGGUGUCCCAGACGGACAUUCUUGUGGGCAUGCAUGGAGCUGGUAUGAGUCAUAUUAUGGAGCUGCCCUACCAUGCAGGAGUGUUAGAACUCUUCCCCACAUAUAAGGCUAAAACAAAUAGACAUUUCCGGGCUAUGGCAGGGUGGAGAGGACUACAUUAUCGAAGCUGGCAGAAUAUCAACCCAAAUAAUGAGUUUCACGAUCAGUAUACUCGUAUACCACCAAUCGUCGUCACUCAGCUACUUCUAAGUCUGUACACAGAUAUGUGUGGACCAAUUAAAACUCGUACAAAAUCGUGAGGUAAACAUAUCACAUCAUUAAACACCAGAUUAAAUAUGUACACAGUAUUGUAGCCCUCUAACUAUAAAAUAAGAUCUGUAAUUUAAAUUGUUUCCCUAAUAAAAUAAACUAGGUAACACUGAUAUCAUGCAAACAUAGAUAUAACUGCAUAAUUCCAAUACAUCCUAUGUAGUAUUACAGAACUCCUAUAUAUAUAACCUAUGUACGUAAUACCUUCUAUAUAUUUAACCCUAUAUAAACAGUACAUGUAUGAAACCCCUAUAUACAGAACCCCUAUAUAUGUUACCCCUGUAUACAUGGAAUUUCCUUGGUGCAUCUUUGAAUUUGACAUUAAAAGAUUGCCAUCACUAUUUCUUGAGAAAUAGUUAAAGGAUUUUCCUCAAACUUCAUAUAUAGGUAGCAGCUCGCCUUGUACAUUUGUAGGUCCCCAGUCGUGAUCAUUGGAUUCUGGGUCUAAUUUAGGAAAACAAAUUUAAAAUGGUCAAUAGGUGGCCAUCUUGGAUUUAACAUUUGAGGUUUGUUUCUGCUAUUUCUUGAAAAGAACUAGAGGGAUAUCUAUAUCACAUGUAGGUUCCCCUAGCUCCACUAGGUGUACCCUAAUAGUCAGUUUUAGAUGGUCAGUGAGGUCCACUGUAGAUCUGUCAAUACUGUACUACUAGGUGUAACCUUAUAAUGGUCAGUUUUAGGCGGUCAGUGUGAUCCACUUGUAGAUCUGUCAAUACUGUACUACUAGGUGUAAUUAUCUAACGGUCAGUUUUAGGCGGUCAGUGUGAUCCACUGUAGAUCUAUCAAUACUGUACUACUAGGUGUAACCUAAUGGUCAGUUUAAGACGGUCAGUGUGAUCCACUGUAGAUCUAUCAAUACUGUACUACUAGGUGUAACCUAAUGGUCAGUUUUAGACGGUCAGUGAGGUCCACUGUAGAUCUAUCAAUACUGUACUGCUAGGUGUAAUUAUCUAACGGUCAGUUUUAGACGGUCAGUGUGAUCCACUGUAGAUCUAUCAAUACUGUACUACUAGGUGUAACCUAAUGGUCAGUUUAAGACGGUCAGUGAGGUCCACUGUAGAUCUAUCAAUACUGUACUACUAGGUGUAACCUAAUGGUCAGUUUAAGACGGUCAGUGUGAUCCACUGUAGAUCUAUCAAUACUGUACUACUAGGUGUAACCUAAUGGUCAGUUUUAGACGGUCAGUGUGAUCCACUGUAGAUCUAUCAAUACUGUACUGCUAGGUGUAAUUAUCUAACGGUCAGUUUUAGACGGUCAGUAAGAUCCGCUGAUUGUUGUUUUCUUCUUAGGAAUUGGACUUUAGCGAGGUCAUCUUUAACCAAAAAAAUGGCAAUUUUGCAAUAUACCUUGCCAUAAACUUACAAUGUAUGAAUAAUGUCUGGAAAUAUUUAGUGUUUUAUGUUUCUAUCAGUAAAUCUUCGCCUGCUAGCAGUAUUUUGAUAUUUUUGGAGUACCGAAUCAUUGUCUCCUAGCUAUAGCAGUAUGUUGAGUGUCAGAAUUGUCGUCUGCUAGCAUACAUGUAUGUUGAUUGACAAAAAUUGUCUGCCCUCCCAUGCCACAUAAAGUUUUGUUUGUGUUUUUCUUUUAUAAAGGGGCUUAUUUACGGGAAGCUUGGGGCUUACAUGUAGAUAAAUAUUGUACAAUAACUUCUAAAAUUGAAUGUUUUAUUGAUGUAUCUAACAGUAUGUAAAGUAAAAGGCACAAAGGAUCUGAGCAUUAUUUUGGCCUCAGAGCCUCAAUCUAUACAUAUCAAUAGCCACCAUUUCAUUAUAAGUUUUGAUGGAAUAGUACAGAGCUCUGUGUGUUAUUAAUGUAUGUUCAAAAUCAGUUAUAAAUGUAGAACAAACUGACCUUAAAAGACUAACUGCAAGAUUUUAUUCAUGAAAUAGUGAUGGGAAAAAACAGCAGGCUGGUAAGUGGCCAGGGUCACCCAGAUCAUAUGACAUCGUCCUGGAUGGUUAGUGGUCAUGUGGUCACCCUCAUCAUGUAACAUCGUCCUGAGUGGCCGGUGGCCAGUAGUCACUCUGAUCAUGUGACAUCGGCCUGGGUGGUUAGUGGUCAGUGGUCACCCUGAUCAUGUGACAUCGUCCUGGGUGGUAAGUGGUCAGUGGUCACACUGAUCAUGUGACAUCGUCCUGGGUAGUCUAGUCAGUGGUCACCCUGAUCAUGUGACAUCGUCCUGGGUGGUCAAUGACCAGUGGUCACCCUGAUCAUGUGACAUCGUCCUGGGUGGUAAGUGGUCAGUUGUCACCCUGAUGAUGUGACAUCGUCCUGGGUGGUUAGUGGUCAGUAGUCACCCUGAUGAUGUGACAUCGUCCUGGGUGGUUAGUGGUCAGUGGUCACCCUGAUCAUGUGACAUCGUCCUUGAAUUGGUGGUCUGUGGCUAGUGGUCCAUAGUCAUACUGUACAUGUAUCACUGUCAUGCUGAUUAAAUAUAUAUUAUCACCAAACAUUUAUUGAUUAUUAAGAAGAUUUAACAAUUAUGAUAUAGUUAUUUGAUUUAUUGAUAUACUUGAAUGCACUUAUGAAAUGUUAAAUUUAUUUUAUAUUAACAGUUAUAUGUAUUUUAUUCAGCUCCUUGCCAAUUAACUAUAAUUGUCAUCAGGAUAAUAUAUAUAUAUAUACAUGUAUAUAUAAUCCAGUCAGAUUUUGAUUUGUAGCUGAAGUAAAACCAUUUCUCGAGGUCAAAAUAUGUCAAGUAGGCAGAUCCUUACAAAGUCAAAUCUCAUCCAAUCAGGAUCUCCUGGGAAUGUGUACAGAUCCUUACAAAGUCAAAUCUCAUCCAAUCGGGAUCUCCUGGGAAUCUGUACAGAUCCUUACAAAGUCAAAUCUCAUCCAAUCGGGAUCUCCUGGGAAUCUGUACAGAUCCUUACAAAGUCAAAUCUCAUCCAAUCAGGAUCUCCUGGGAAUCUGUACAGAUCCUUACAAAGUCAAAUCUCAUCCAAUCAGGAUCUCCUGGGAAUCUGUACAGAUCCUUACAAAGUCAAAUCUCAUCCAAUCGGGACUCCUGGGAACCUGUCCUGACUGAUCAUUGUUCUCGCAUCAUUUAAUGGCAGACAUAUCAAACAACAGUCCACUAGGAUUUCUAAAAGUCAUUGUGAAUGAUAUAUCACAGAGACUCGGCAUACUUUCUCAAUUAACACUUAUACCAUGAACCAUGGGUUGGAAAUUUGUGCCAAAUUCCUGUGUGUAUAACAUCACAAACAGUAUGAAACCAAAGGAUAAUAACAUUAAUGUGAAUUAAAAUCCCUAUCAAGGUCUGAUCUUAUUUAAGAAGAUGAUUAAAUAGCCUUACACAUAAACUCAUAUAGCUGUCCUGUCCAAUGACUGGCAUUUCACCAGAAAACAUUGUCCUUCUGCAGGUAGCUGCUCUUGGUAAAAAAAAAUUCUUUGAGUUGCUUCCCUUUAAAUGUUCCAUGUAUGGGUUGGCUCCUAAAAUGUCAAUACACAUUAUCAUAUUUAUCAAUUAUAGACCUUUGGUGAGAGUCAUGUGUAAAUGACCUUAGCUGUUGAUAGGACAUUAAACAAUACAAAACCAAGCCUUUGUUGAGGUAAAUAUGGUGUUAUACUAACCUGGUAGAAUCUAAUAUUGACCUAAGGCAAAGCCCAUAGGCUAAUAUUUCAUAUUCUACCAGGUUAGUAAUACAUUAUUGACUAAAUCAAAGGUUCUGAUUUUUUUUAUAUAUAUAUAUGUAAUUAUAUAAAUAUAUAUUGGGUAUGAAACUUUUUUCCAAAGGGUAGCAUUGCAGUAAACCUGUAUUUAUCUUGAUAACAGGGAAACUAUUUGGGCAAUAUGAACAGCCAAGCCACAGGGAAAAAAAACGAAUCGUCAUCACCCAUUGAUGGGGCCAUGCAGUGUUUUAUAUGUACACUGUACAUAGAUUUUCAUUUCCAUCGUUUUUUAUUUCUUUCAUGUGAAUAUUUUUCAUUUUUUCCCCAAUUUGUUUCUGAAUUUUGAAAUUACAAAUAAUAUUGAUGUAAAAAAAUAAUAAACUCAUAUUAAAGAUACCACAUAUAGUACUUUGAUCUUAUGGUGGAUUUGCCUAAAUGUCUAUCAUAGACAUCGUAGACAUCAUAAUAAGCCAUUUCUAUUUUGUAGUCCUUGUGGGGCUCCCACCCCAGACCCUGUAAUUCCACACCGACAUUUCGGAUACUUUCCUGUACCGACAUUUCGGAUACUUUCCUGCACAAGGCAGCCUCCGUUCUAAAAUCCAAUUUUCUGUUCAAGGUACUGAAAAGCAUAAUAAGUUUUCAAUAAUUUUGUAUAUGUGUA